AUGGAUGUUGAAAUACAUUUGAAAUCGAUGGGUUUGGGUAAAACGAUUGCGAGAGGCAAUAAUGCCACAAAUCAAAGCCGAGCAAAAGCAAUGAUAUUCCUCCGACAUCAUAUCGAUGAAGGACUGAAAAUGGAAUAUCUCACAGUCGAGAAUCCUCUUGACUUGUGGAAUAAACUAAAAGAAAGAUACGAUAACCUAAAGUUGAUCGUACUGCCGAAAGCCCACAACGAAUGGCACAAUUUGAGGUUGCAAGACUUCAAAUCAGUCACUGAAUAUAAUUCCGCCCUUGUUCAGAAUCACUUCACAUCUGCAUAUCCAGGUCGUGGAAACAACAAAGGCCGGAGAUAUGACAUAGGCCAAAAAUGCGACCGUCCCCAACCUCGUCGAAAUAAUGGAAAAAAACCGUACAAGCCCCUGAAGUGGCAGAAUGACGAGCAGAAAAGAAAUCAUGACUAUAAGUGUCACAAGUACGGCACAAAGGGACACUGGUCGCGCGUUUGCAGAACGCCUAAGCAUUUGGCUGAUUUGUACCAGGCUUUGCUGAAAGGGAAAAAUAUGUCCGCUGACGUAAAUCUUUCUGAGCAGAAUAAUGAUGAUGCAUAUGAUGAUGUCCUGAAGAACACAUCCGCUGAUAUAAACCUUGCUGAACAGAAUAAUGAUGACAUAUAUGAUGAUAUCCUAAACAGUGACCUUAUGCAUCAUGAUACAGCAGACUUCCUUGAGCACCCUGAAGGUGCCAAGUGA